AAAGGGAAAAAAAAAGUUAAAAAAAAAAUAAUUAGAAAAAAAUGUCAGGGGCGCAGGGAGCGCAGCCGAAGGGGUCGGCGACAGCGACGACGUACGAGUCGGUGGAGGGCGGGGAGAACCGGACGAGGACGGCGGCGCGGUCGACGGCGGACGAGGGCGGGAUUCAGGUGAAGAAAAUUGAGGACAAGGCGGAGGACGCCGCGGGGAAAGGCGGGCCCGUGUUCGGCGCCGGCAAGGAGGACGGCAAGCCCGACCUCGGCGUCACCGGAACCGGCGCCGGGUGAUCGACAACUCAGUAUCUAAUUAAAAUGUUUUGCGAGAUAUGAGAAUAUUAAUAAGAGAGAAAAGGGUUGCUGUAAAUUACUGAAUGAGUUUUAUUAGAUAUGUCGUAUCG